UAUCAACCCAAAAUGUUUUAAUUUCCCACCGGCAAAUAAAUGGACUCUGGUAAACUAAGUAAUAAUGACGGAACGGUAUACGCACAAACUUGCGAUGACGUAACCUUUCUUGCCCAUGCUGUGCAAACGUAACAGCAGCGUUAGUUUCCGAGACUUUGUUGCAGUUGAUUUGUUAUUGUAGUGAGUGAAUGUAUGUGAAGUUUGAGGUUAUAUGUACCCCAUUCGUCCAGAAGACUCCAAAUUUUGACCAUUUUACCUCGUGUGUAAUAGCUUUUAAAUGUGACAAACCUGCGAAUUGAUAAUUGUGGUCAGUUUUAUCGAACUCUGAAUACGUGGAAUGGUAUUUAUGCUUCUCGACCAAUGAUAUUUUUGCUGUUUGAUGAAACCUCCUCCUGACACAUGGGGUGAAUUGUACAUGACUGUUUCUGUUGAUACUCAUACUUCCAGCCGAGUAUUCCAUAUGCACUUACCUGAAAAUGGAUUCUGACAUUCUGUCCCAUCUUGUCCCCCAAGGGAAGGAAACCAUUCGUCCAGCCUGUAAGAAAUGCGGUUAUGCUGGCCAUCUGACAUUCCAGUGCAGAAAUUUCAUAAAAGUAGAUCCAAACAAAGAGAUUGUACUUGAUGUAAGCAGCACCAGUAGUGAAAGUGAAGAUGAAUAUUUGACACCACUUACAGAAUUGAGAGAGAAGGAAUUGAAGAGUAAAUUGAAAAAAGCCAAAAAGAAAAGGAAGAGAGCAAAGAAAGAGAAGAAGAAAUCUAAAUCAUGUGAUCGUUCACGGUCUCGAUCUGAUGAUAGUGAGAACGAUGAUAGGAAAAAACAUAAAAAACAUGAAGACAGUGACCAUGAUGAUAUUAAAACACAUAAGCACAAGAAAAGAAAGAAACAUUCACAUCAUAAAAAACAGAGGAAGGAAAAAGGGACAUCUUCAGAAGUUUCAACUGAUACAGACAGUACUUAAGGCCAUAGAAAUGUAUACAUGUGAAGUGCUUAUUGAUAUUUUAUUACACUUCUAAAUUUAUCGUUUCCUGUAAAAAAAAAAAGUUUCAUGAUAAUAAAGUUCUUAUAUACUGUUUCAUCAGAGUAA